AUGCAUACCCCCAAGAUUAUACUGUCCUUAUGCCUCGCCAUUGGUAUGGCUGCGGCCUUACCUGCGGUGGGAUCUACCAACGAGCUAGACGGUGACUUGUACAACUACAAGCGAGGUACUAGUGAGCUCGACGGGGAUCUCUACAAUUAUAAGCGGGACAAGGCCGAGCUUGAUGGUGAUCUUUAUAACUAUAAGCGCAGCAAUGCCGAGCUCGACGGAGACCUUUACAACUACAAACGGGGCAAGGCAGAGCUUGAUGGCGAUCUUUACAACUACAAACGGGGCGGGUAUAAGCGGGACAACGCUGAACUCGAUGGGGAUCUCUACAACUACAAACGCAGCAAGGCUGAACUUGAUGGAGACUUGUACAAUUACUGA